CACGAAGACGUUUAAAAUGCGUUGAUGUCUGCGCGUUAGUUGAGAGGGUACCAGGACUCCAGGGCCACAUACAAGGCUCACCUUUCCUUCUUCCUCUCCUUGCUCUUUCGUUUAAUUUUCUAGUAUCAGCAUAACAUAAUGCGUUCUUUACUGAACCUCGUUUUCCUUAGCUCUAUCGUUUUCUGCCUCCCUAAUGGCCAACCUACUCCUUGCGAAUCCACACCAUCGACGGCGACCUCAAUUCCUGAAACUGUGGUCCCCGACUCUGUUGUGAGCUCAAAAUCAAAGUAUGACCAUCAUUACGGCAACACUACCUUGGUUCCGGAUCUGCCCACAACUUCUUCCUCUUUUCCGUCUACCACGCCAGAUACAUCUGAGGCACCAUGCCCUUGCGCGACCGAGACCGAUGAGGACCCGUCUCCUACCCCUAAUGCAUGGGAGACUCCGAAGAAGUUGGCAUUGAAGCGCGAUUGGAGGCUAGAUGCGGGUGCAUACACCAACCUGAAGGCGGAGAAGUACUGCAAGAUGAUGUACACGGAUGGCUCUGUCCAAAUGGGCAAUAAACCGGCGCUCAAGACUCCUCUCGUCUGGCUCACUAUGCCCAACAUGACCCUGCCGACCGUCCAACUCCAGAACAGCAACAGGCUGCAGUCCGUCAGCUGCGAGGCAGGCAAUAGCGGCCCACAAAAGAUCCGCAUGCAGUUCAACGACAAGGGCGCUUUUGAGUAUGCAUGGAACAACUGGCAUAAUGAAGUCCGACCGGACGGCGACUAUCUCCUCGUCACUGAGCAGCCGGGAUGCUGGGAUGGUCCGGACGCAAUCCAAGAGCGACGAUUCCUACGCGCAACAACGGAGGAGAAAGAUGAAGAGGCCAUGUCCAUCACGUGCAGUGUUGAGUCUGUUCCGCUCAGUGAUGCAGUUGAUGAGGACACGCUCAACGAUCUCGAGUUCGGAGACUUCGACCCUGCCAACGACCCCUCCGGCCUUGUCGUCGACAACAAUGCUCCUGGUGCUACUCGUCCGGAGAACGGAACGAAUACGCAGAUUCCGCUGCGUGAUCCCAGUGGCGACUCUAGCUUCGACAAGACAUUGGACUAUCAGAUCGGCACUUUGGACAUGGACACCAUGAACGCAAAUUUCAGGCAGCACAACUUCACACUGGACGACUUCUUUGGAGACAGCGAUCUCCCUGAUGCGGCGACACAGAAUCUGCAGAGGAGGAGGAUCGGCGAUCGGUUGAAGAAGCUGGCGAAGAAGGUGGUCGCGGCCGUCAAGACGGUUGCUACAAAGGUCGUGGAGGUUGUUAAGAAGGUUGGAGAGGCUAUUGUCGAGAUUGCAAAGGAUAUCGGCGAGGCAUUGAAUGACUUCUUCACCUUUGACCGCAGUUUCACCAAGGGCGUUGGCUUCGACACGACGAACAAUGCCGGCUUUGUCGAGACACCGUUCGAUGGCCUCCGCGGCAUCAAGCUCCUUGAGUUCGACAGUGACUCCGGCGCGGAGAUUCAGAUCUUUUGUGUUGAAUGCGGUGCGCAGGGCGACUUCGAAAUUCGCGGCGCUCUCAGGUUCAGCAUCGGAAAGGGUCUCGAAAAGGCGGAGGUCGGCAUCACAGGCAACAUGGAGGCGGCCCUUCAAUUCGGGUUUGUCGGAUCUCUGUCACUCGAGGGGACUGUCAACCAGAGGUCGGAGACCAAGGAAUUCGAGAAGCGCAUCGUCACCAUCCCUCUCAGCCCCUUCAGCAUUCCCGGCAUCCUCAUUAUUGGCCCAUCAGCUUCAUUGGCAACGGGCUUCGACUUGACCUUCGAGGCAUCAGGUAAGCUGCUUGCGGGCGCUAUCGCCACUUGGGGCAACGUCGAAGCAGUCCUGGAUCUGAAGGACAACGACAACAACAAGGCCGUGGGAUUCGUCCCAGUCAUCACCCCGGUAUUCGAAGCCGACGGAAGUCUCUCGGUCAGCGCGGGAGUAUUUCUCUCCUUCAAACUUGCUGUCGGCGUAGAUGUCCUCAACGGCAAAUUUGAAGCCUCAGCUGGUCUCGUGAACAAGCCUCGCCUGGCCAUCACCGCAUCCACAGAAGCAGAAUUCGGCCUCAACGGCACGCGGUUCACGGGAGACUGCAAGGGCGUCGAGUUGGAGCUUGGGUUCACGCACGAAGUCUCGGUCGACUUUGUCCUUGGUGAGCUGGAAAAGAGUUUCGUCCUCACGACAUUCCAAGGACCGUCGUUUGACCAGUGCAUCGCAAUCGGCCCUCAGCGACGUGGCCUGCCAACCUGGAACAAACGCGCACCGAGCUUCCCCUCUCCUCCCUCUUCCCUAGGCAACACUACCUUCGACGGGGGCAUCUACACCUCGAUGGGCAAUCCCGACGGCAGCGUGCACAUCCGCUACUCGCCCAACGGCAACGUCUACGCCGUCCCCGAAGCCAAGGUCCCGACUAAUGUCAAGGAGCAGGAGUGGUCCGGCUGGUUCGCGUCCGACGAGUCCGGAACCAUCACUCUCGGCGACUCGCUUGGCAGGAUGUUCCACGGCUACCAGGACACCAUCCAGCAAUCCGGCGUCAGCCGCCUGCGACUCCACAAGCCCAAUGAGCUGCCGCGCACUGCCUGGCCCGUCGUCUUCACCGCACUCCUUGACGACAGCGACAACUCGACAGCGCUCGCUGCCCAGGACCCAACGCUUCUUCUGGCGGACCCCGCGGAGGGUGUGUACGUCCCGGUUCUCUGCGUCUAUGAGCGCGAGGGUGUGUAUCCGAAGAUGUUCAUGGCGAAUGACACAGAGGCGGGUGUGGCGACGCUCAUGAGCAACGAGCCGGCCAUUAUUACGAGUGUGACGGGUGAGAAGGUCAAGCAGUGCGGAACGAUGGCUUUGACGAAUUGGCGCACGGGACAGGAGGUGCCUGCAGAGUAGUUGUUAAUUGUUAGAGUAAUGGGUGGAAGGUGUGCAGGUGGCUGAGUGGUUGAGUGGUAUACUUCUAUCGUUUAAUUCGUAGUAUCUAUUAUAUCU